CAGGAGUACUUGUGGCACCUUAGAGACUAACAAAUUUAUUUGGGCAUAAGCUUUUGUGGGCGAAAACCCACUUCACUGGAUGCGUGCAGUGGAAAAUGUUAGAGUAACAUUGGCGGUGGUCAGAGUAAAAUGAGAUCCCAAGAGGUUAACAUGAUAACUCUGGCGCUCCCAAGAUUCGUGAAGGUUCAGAGUGAGCCCCUCGUGAAUUGGUCCGGUGGCUUUCUCAUUGACUGUAAAAUUUCUACAGCAGGGAACUACUCGCGCUGACUUUAACAUUGCUUAACUGGGAGACAGAAUGUGGAAGUCAUGGAUGGGUUCGGAGUUGAAAUUGUAGAUAUCAGAUGAUAAUGAACUGAACCGUGAGGACUGCAGUUGGCUUCGGGACAUCACCUUUUUCAUCACGCUGAGGUCUGAGGACCAAGACCUAGGACUCAGUCUUAUGAGGUGCUGCCUGUACUCCUCUCCUAUGGAGUGAAUUUUUCUCUGCAGAUGUAAUCAGUGGUGCUGUGUCCUUCCAACAGGAAUUGAAAGGAAAUGGAGGACAUUCUUUCAUCCCAGCGCUUCUGGUCCAGAAAGCCCGCUGGGUCUAGGCCGAGCCCCGCACGGAGAUGGAGAACUACACCGUGGCUGCAGCGACGAACUCCUGCACCUUCCAUGAGGAGUUCAAGCAGAUCCUGCUGCCCCUAGUCUACUCCGUGGUGUUUGUGGUGGGGCUCCCCCUGAACUUCAUCGUCAUUGUGCAGAUCUGGCUCUCCAGGAAGGUGCUGACCCGCACUGCUAUCUACAUGCUGAACCUGGCCACAGCUGACCUGCUGUACGUGUGCUCCCUGCCGCUGCUCAUCUACAACUACACGCAGAAGGACUACUGGCCCUUCGGGGACUUCACCUGCAAGUUCGUCCGCUUCCAGUUCUACAGCAACCUGCAUGGCAGCAUCUUGUUCCUCACCUGCAUCAGCGUCCAGCGCUACCUGGGCAUCUGCCACCCUCUGUCGUCCUGGCACAAGAAGAGGGGCAAGAGGUUCACCUGGAUGGUGUGCGGCGGGGUGUGGGUCAUCGUCAUCGCCCAGUGCCUGCCCACCUUCGUCUUCGCCUCCACGGGCAUCCAGAGGAACAGGACCGUAUGCUACGACCUCAGUCCCCCGGACCGCUCCGCCAGCUACUUCCCCUACGGCAUGACGCUGACCGUCACGGGGUUCCUCAUCCCCUUUGUCUCCAUCCUGGUGUGCUACUGCUGCAUGACCAAGCUGCUCUGCCAGAAGGAUGAGAUGAUAGGCCUGGCCGUGCGCAAAAAGAAGGACAAGGCCAUCCGGAUGAUCAUCAUUGUGGUCAUCGUCUUCGCCAUCAGCUUCUUCCCCUUCCACCUGACCAAGACCAUCUACCUGAUCAUCCGCUCCUCGGCGGGCGUGCCCUGCCUGGCCUUGCAAACCUUCGCCAUCGCCUACAAGUGCACCAGGCCCUUUGCCAGCAUGAACAGCGUCCUGGACCCCAUCCUCUUCUACUUCACCCAACGCAAGUUCCGGGAGAGCACGCGCCACCUGCUGGACAAAGUGAGCUCCAAGUGGAGGCACGACACAUGCCGCACCUACAAAUCGUAGGCUCCAGGGAAAGGAGAAUGAGGGGGGAUGUUCUGCUGCGCGGAGGCAGAGGACUGAAUGGCUGUGGCUUUAUCCCAGCCAGCCCUGCUUUACCCAGCAACAGGGAGAGCGAGAGCAGGAGGCAAGGACUGAUGGUCCUGAGCAUAGCGCUGGGAGCCAGGAGCUUCUGAGAUCUACUCCCAGUUCUGGCCAUGGGUGGGUCACUUGGCCUCUCUGUGCCUCAGUUUCCCCAUCUGCAGAAUAGAGAACAAUACUCUGUAAAUAAUAGGUAAAAUGAUGCUGACCUGCCUCACACCUUGGUCAGGGCUUGGAAAGUGCUUUGAGGAUGGACCAGGCUAAGAACAGUUUAUCCUUAAAAUUCCAGCAAAUGGCCUGAGUGGGAAAGGUUACAGUACAGUUGGAAAGAGUAAAGUGAAAAUAAUUGGGAGCAGGCUUUGGGGCUGGGCGAGGUGGUGUCCGAACGCAGUAUUAGUGCAGUUACUAUGGUGCACCGCAGCUGUCACCUAUGAGGAGGAGCGGCUGCUCAAUAUUAACCACCGCUCGCUCUGUGGACUGGCGGUCCUUGCCACGGAUCUCUGACUGGCAAAGCCCUAGCAACCAUACAUGGGGCUUUGCAGUGAAUUGUGCUACUGCCGCUGAUUACAAUGGGUCACAGUCCACGCCAGUGGAGUUGCAGCGCAGAUGGGUUUGUCCUAACGUGUUUCAUUCAGAAUGAAGUUUCCAGUGGAUUUGGGAAAUCCGUUAUUAGCAAGUAGUUCAGUGGUUUACAACUACCUAGAUUUUGUGGACAAAAAUCUCUCCCCAUGUCAGUCCCCUAUAGAGGAGAUCACCUCUGAGAAUGAGCAGUUCGGGAACGGGGGAAUCAGCUUGGCAGUGCACGAAUUACUGGGAUCUGGUGAACUUAUCCACCAGCCAGUGUUUUUUCACUGCUUUGCCACAAUAAUUCAGCUGAGUUUCCCAAGCAGAAAGCUGCGUUACUAAUGCAAGGAAAACCUACCCUGGGAAUUUAGAGAAGACAAUAGGUCUCUUGGGACCACAUGAGUCUACAAAAGGCUUGAUCCAUAUGAGAGGGCAGGAAAAGGGAACUCUAGCGAGUACAUCUACAGUAUUAUUGGCUGUUAACAAUGAGGACACAGUCAUUGAGCUAACCUGACUGCUACAGUCCGAUUCAGUUCUAUCUAGGUCAUCUUACAACUCUCAUCGCCGUAAUAUCUGAGCACCUUACGAUGCGAUCGUCCUGGUUUCUACUGUUUAAAGAUUCACCAGUUGCCUGACUGGAUCUAAUAGGGCUCUGGUGUGUUUUUAUUGUAUUGUAUUGUAUUGUAUUUUUGUGCACCCUCGUUAGAAAAGCAUUCUCACGUCAUCUCCAGCAUUUUGAGCUAAGAUCUAGUUCAUGGGAAAUUUAAUCUUUUAAAAAGGAACUGGAAACCAGAAUAUUUUUAAAGAAUUUCCAAGCUAACUGCCCUGUUUUUAUGAUACGCUGGUUUAGUGUGUAGAAGCAUGUCUCCCUCUAGUGGCAGAUCCCAGAUAUAAGUCUGCUACUUAAUUUAGCUCAUGCAAUAGAGACCUGUGUUUUUGAAGAUGACAGGUUCAGUCCCUGCUGGAGUUAGCGUCUACGCGGCCACAUCUCAUGACAGGCUGCACUGGGCUUUUUAAGCAAGUCAACUCUGUUGUGACACAUCACUGAAUAACAUUUAAUUUGGGGGUGGGAGUGGAAGAAAUGAUGGGAAUGACUGUCAAUGCUUUCUCCUGGGAUGGUUCUUGAUCAGCAGCAGAAACUAACCACUGAGUAUGUGCAGGGUAUGAAAUAAGAGUUGAAGAAUUUAACUGAACAAAGAUGGAGUCAACAUACUGGGCCAAACCCAGCCCUGGGGUAACCGAGCACCACUCGGCUUAAAUCACUUUGAAGUUGGUGGAGUUGCACCUGCUGACAAUGGGGGUGAAUUUGACGCAGUGGGAAAGAGUAGGUGCUGUAUCUUCCCGGGCUGGGCGCAUUUGAAAUCAGUGUUGAGACAAGUAGCCAGACCUCUCCUAGGCACUACUCUGAACAGUAAGGUGCCAUCUAUCUACCAGCACGAUCAUGUCAUAGCCACUCGUGACAUUGUCCUCUGAACUGUUUAUGGGACGACUGCCCUCUUGGCCGAUGUACCAGGGGUUGAACAGGGAUCUCCAGAGCUGAAAGCAUAAGCACUUACAGCGUGAGCUAAGGAACCUAGCUCCUCUAGUGGGUAGCUUCUAUCGCUGCAGAUCAGCACAGCAGAGGACCAGUAACACACACAUACACACACCAGUGGAUGCCACUUAUGCCACACCUGGUAUAGGCGCUGACUUCUACCCGCGCCGGUGGGUGCUUGACCCUCCUCUGCCCCGGCCCCACUCCGACUCCACCCCUGCCCCGCCCCCUCCCGCCCCUGCCCUGCCCCCAUUUCAACCCCUUCCCCAUUUCAAUCCCCGCCCCGGCCCCGCCUCCUCCCCUGAAUGCGCCAUGUUCCUGCUCCUCCCCCCUCUCUCCCAGAGCUUGCUACGCCACCAAACAGGUGUUUGGCGGCGGCAAGCACUGGAAGGUAAGUGGAGGAGUGGGGACGCGGCGCACUCGGGGAGGAGGCGGAGGUGAGGUGGGGCGGGGAGGGGAGGGGAGUUUGGCAGCUGGUGGGUGCAGAGCACCCACUAAUUUUUCCCCGGGGUUGGCUAUGUUCCCAAUACAGCCCCACACUGCUUAAUUUAACCUGGUUUCUACUGAUACCAUUUGCUUUUCUCUGUCUCAGUGCACCCGCUGUGCUCAUCUUCCUCUCUACCCCGACCUACUCCUCCUCUUCUCCAACCUGCCACUCCCAUGGGUGGGGGGUAAUGGAGGCUGGGGGACCCCAACCUCUGUUAAUGCUCCCCGUCGCAGCCCUGGGGUGGGCCACGGCAGGGCUCAGAGCUCCUCUGAGCAGCCCAGGUUAAGGACUCAGUCCCAGCCAGCCAGCUGGGGCUCAGGGCUCCUCCAGACUGCUCCAGGCGCCAGCAGGCUAUCUGAGGCUCGGGGCUGCUCCGGGGCCUGGCCAGGGCUUGGGGCUGCGCCAGUGGGCCGGCCAGUGAGAGCAGGGGGGCAGAAGGGGCCUCGGGCGAAAGGGGCGGACAGGGCAGGGCCUCGGGCAGAAGAGGCAGGGCAGGGGGCCAGCCUCCCCAAACGGCAGUGAAUAUGCUGCCCGUGGCCACUCCCUUCCAGUCCUCACACCUCUCCCAAUCUCAUCCCCCUGACAGCUCCUUCUCUCUCUAACCAUAGAAUCCCAGAAGUGUAGGACUGGAAGGGACUUCAGGUGGUCAGCUAGUCCAGUCCCCUGCACUCAAGGCCGGACUAAGUAAUAACUCGACCAUUCCUGACAGGUGUUUGUCUAACCUGCCCUUAAAGCCCUCCAGUGAUGGAGCUUCCACAACCAUCGCCAUGAGCAGCACUCUGGUCAUUUGCACUGAAGAAUAAUCCCACUUCCCCGACAGGAGCUUCUUUCUCAGGAAGCUCUGCACAUAACUCAUUUGCAUAAUGCUCUUCACUGUAGUCCUUUGUGGCAAAGGGUGUGUUACCUUCUGUGUUUGUACAGCACCUUGCACAGUGGGGCCCUGAAUGAGACUUUGGGGGACUUCCAAAAUCCAAAUAAAUAGUGUAGUGUGAAUCCACCCCUACCGCACCGUACCAGUGCAUUCUGGGAAAACUAUCCCAUAGUGCCUCAGCAGGCGAUAGCCUGCCCAGACUGGCACCAGCAGCAUGUGUAGCAAUGCCUUCUGGGAUGUCCUACCACACACAUAGCUGGGAGGGAGCAGGCCUGGCCGAGCCAGUGAUGCAGGCCUGGUGUGGGGGUACCCUGGACACUGCGAAGGAAACGUGCCAAAGUAGUUCUAGGAAAGCAUCCACGGGCUGGACUAGGGUUCAGGCAGGGGUGGAACUGCUGCCAUGGUUGCUAACCAAGUGUUAGUGGUGGAGGCAAGCCAACCAGGCCACUGCCUGGUUACAGACUCUACUAGCAGUUGUACUAUGGACGUUGUAAGGUCAAAGGCAAAGCACCCACUGCGCCAACAGGUGACAUGUAGCCACAUCCACACACACAAGUCCUGCAGAGUGUCCGUCGCUGUAACUCUUAGCCAUUCACUGGACACCACGGCUGCAAACUCUAGAUCUGAGCCACCAGUUCUUGCCCACCUAAAGCUCCCCCUGAACAUGCAUCAGGCCUUGCCUAGGGGGAACUGAAAGGCUAGACCACCACCAUCUGGUGCGUGUGUUUUGAGAAGCUGUAGAGGGCCUUUGCGUGGAGUAACCAUAGCGUUACCAGCUCGUCCCCAGAUGUAAAUCUACAGUCCAGAAUUCACCAUUAGGCACAGGUGCUGACUUGUAAUUUUCCCCAGGGGUGCUCCACCCCCACUCCGCUCCUUCCCCCGAGGUCCCACCCUCGCUCCACCUCUUCCGGGCUCUGCUCCAACCCCUCCCCCAAAGCCCCUGCCUGCUCACUGCUAUCCGCCCUCCCGCUAGUGCCUCCCCCGGCCGCAGAAUAGCUGAUCGGCAGCACUGCUUGAGCCCCAAAGCACCCACGGAGUCGGUGCCUGUGCCUUUAGGGCUGACCCAAAGCCCAGUGACAUCAGUAGGAAUAACUCUCAUUGACUCAAUGGGCUUUGGAUUGGGACAUUUCUUCUGGUGGAUUCCGGAAUUAGAAAAGCUCCUAGGGAGAGUUCUAAUGCAGCUAUUUGGCCUGGAGGGACCUGCCCCAGCCUGGCAUCUCCCCAAAGUGGCCCUGUCUCUGGAAUUGAAUGACUGACUGUCAGGCGUCCUCCUCCUUGGUGGAGCUCACCGGGCCUGACCGACAUUGGCUUGAGAGCAGCGCCUUCUAUUUGGGCCAAAUCCAGGCUUGGAGUAAAUAGGACCAUUUCCACCAUAGUCCGUCAGCAGGCAAAACUCCCAGAUGCUUCAAUGGCUCUGGGUUCAGUGAUUCUCAGACUUCAGUGGUUCAGGAGCCAACUUAGCCAUCAACAGUACCCACAAGAGCCCCAGGAGUGUGAAUUGGUUGUUUCAUUGAUUAUUUUUAUAUCUAUAUAAUUAUUCUCACAGCAAAAUGGCUGACCAAGUAGUCUACAAUUGGUUAAUAACAUAGUUAAAGCUUCCUGAUUGGUUAAUAACUUAGAUUGGUUAAUAAUUAAAUCACCCGGGGUUUUAAUAUCAUGCGCUGCAAAGAGCCGCAGGAAAUGCAGAACAGAGCCACUUGUGGCUCCCCAGCCUCCGUCUGAGUAUCACUGCUCUCGUAGAUAGGAAUCUGCACUGGGACUCCGGAGAGCUGGCCUCCAGUCCCAGCUCUGCUACUGACCAGCUGCAUGACCUUGAGCCGGUCACUUCAUCUCUCUGUGCUUCUGUUUCUUCUCCCACCCUUUGGCCGUCUUCUCUGUUUAGACUGUAAGUGCCUGGGGGCAGGGAGCGAAUCUCACUAGUGCCUUUAUAAAGCGCCUCGCACGGUGGGGCGCUGAUCUUGACUAAGGCUCCUAAGCACGGCUGUCGGACCAAGGACGAUAACUAGCUGAAGGCCCGUGCUGUCACACGGGUCAUUCGGAAAUUCGCGUGGAUCAAAGAGCUGAAAAGGGCUGAGGGCUUAAAAACUGGAGGGUAACAGACUGCGAAUCCUAGUGCUGAUUGGACCUGGUGCUAGUCUAAACACAAAGAGCUCUCAGCCAGGGGGGUGGCUGUUCCCAUCCCUGACUCAUGACUCAGCAGGGAUCCUGCACUUCGAGGGACACCCAGACAGAUUGAGAGCCCUGCAGUCUUCUUCUCUAGCUAACUAGUUGUCCCUGACGACUCUAGGCCUGGAUUUGGGCUUUGAGGAGAAGGCCCAGCAGAGAUGCCUGAAAAGAAGGAUCAUAGACACGUAGCCGGGUGUCCGUUUAGAAUUUACAGACAGGAUUUCCCUUUGUCCAUGUCUUGCUUUAUUUACAAAUGUCCUCUGAACUCUAUGGUCCCAGGGAGCCCUUCAGAGCAGUGAAUAGCUCAAAGCACUGCCCUGGGACAGGGGUUCAAUUGAAUUUGUGGGCUGGCUGGCUGCUUUUACUCCACUAAAUUAGGGGUUUCAACCUUUUUUCAUUUGCAGAGCCCUAAAAAAAUUUUGAAUGGAGGUGCGGACUCCUUUGGAAAACUCUGACGUAGUCUGCAGACCCUCAGGGGUCUGUGGACCGCAGGUUGAAACCCACUGCCCUAAAUUAACUCUAGGGAUGAAAUGACCAGCAGGCUGCAUUUGUUACUAGAAACUAAGUCUGGGCUGAGGACUCACGCUGUUGGUUUGGAUCCCUGACUUGCCCCAGUCCCUUUAGCUGCUUCAUAGUCAGUGCAGCAAAUAGUAACUGGACUUUUCUGAACCCAGACGUUCUGGGCCGAAUUCCCUCUCAUUGUCACAGAUGUAAAUCAGGAGUCACCCCACUGAAAUGGGUACAAAGUGGGUAGAGUCUAAAAGUGGUGUAUGGGAGAUCUGGAUCAGGUCUCAUGUAACUUAGGCUUGGCUUAUCUGUUUUAAAGGGUUCUAGCCACUGUAAUGUUAAGAGUGGCCACAGUUCCGAAUGGGCUUAAGUAAACCUCACAAUGAAUUAUGCUAUGUAAAUAUAUCGUAUUGUGCCAGUCUGGCAUGCAACAGCACCCUGCAAUGUAACACCCGCUCCCCCUGCCCCUGAGCCGAGGACAGGAAAUCCAGUUCUCACCCCUGCCUGCUUUCACUGUUUGAGCAUAACCAAACCCCUCCUUUCAGAAGGGGAAGAUCAAACACAAGGUAUCCAGAACUGAGCAAUGUAACAUGCCAUGACUGAAGCUGUACAAACUCUAUGUUCCUCUGUCCUCCCAGGACAGGGCACCAAACAAUGACCAAGGUGUAUAGAGGGGGAAAAUCUUGCUUGUCGCUGUGAGGAGGAAGUCAGGGGUGGAGUGGGGAAGAGGAGGGAGAAAUGUGGGUGACCAACUAUGUGGGAAGGAGGAAGAAUGAACAGGCCUUUAAAAUUUUAAACAGAUCCCUGUAGGGUUCCCCUCCCCCAGUUGUGUAAGGGUGGAUUUAUUUUCCAUGCUCUGCUUUGCAUUGUUCCGUUCCCCAGACAGAAAAGAACAACAAAUCCUGACUCCGACUGCAGACCCUGCUUCCACAGUCCCGUCCUCUGGGGUAAUUUUCUCUCUGUUGUUUUUUCCCAGCUGCUAGGCACUUAUUUUUUAAAUAAAAACCAGUGUCAGGAUUUUCCUUUCUGCUAGUAAUAGCUGAUCCUGCCUGAGGAUGAGCCAGAAAGAUCAGGAGAGCUUCAGGUAGACCCAGACUAGAGUUAAGGCCUGAGCCAUGAAGUUCUGAUCUGGAUUGUACGAAGAAAUCCCCCACAAAGUACAGCACCUGAUCCACAACCCUUUGGGAAUCUUUACACUGAAUGUAAUGGGCUUUGGAUCAGGACCAUAGGGAACAAUGAGAUGCUGUGGCGGGGCCUGACUACCCUGCCUUAACCCGGAAGGAGUUAAGCCCCAGGGACUGGCAGCGGAAGUCCCGCCUCCCCGGGCAGACUGGGCAUGCGCCAAGUGCUACAGGAGUAUAAAGGGAGGGAGACCAGCUCAUUCUGGGCUGGAGCCUGUAGGAGAAGGAGCUGCCGGGGGAGUUCCUGCGGCGGACCAGCCACAGCCGCUGACUGCACUGGGAAGAGACGCCGUCCACGGCCUGCCUUCGCCCCGGCAAUUGGAAGAGACCCAGGAGAUGACCGAAUCCGCCGACUACCAAGGACCCGAUGACUCCUGGGAGACCCCAAUGGAGAGCCUGGUAGGAAGUGACCCCAAGAGGGUGGCAGAGUGCCCCCACCCCCAGGGAAACUCAGUGUGUUUUGGUUGGAACCCCCCACUGAGUUGGUGGCAAACCAUUACGCUACUGUUAGGGCCCCGGGUCGGGGCCCCCCUACUGGGGCUGUUGCACCCCAAUGAUAAAGACUCUGGCCGCUAGGCCACGCUACCCUCCACCUGAGGGUUGCUUCCUGGACUCUGGCCGAUAGGCCCUACUGCCCUGUAGCCAAGGGCCGUGUUAUAGACUCCUGCCAUCAGGCCAUGUCUCCUUGAGGUAAAGGGGACGUCCUAGACUCUGGCUGGUAGGCCAUGCUACCCUCCACCCGAGGGUUGCUUUCUGGACUUCGGCCGGUAGGCCCCACUGCCUUGUAGCCAAGGGCCAUGUUAUAGACUCCUGCCAUCAGGCCACGUCUCCUUGAGGUAAAGGGGACGUCCUAGACUCUGGCUGCUAGGCCACACUGCCCUGGACUGAAGGGCUAUUUUACGGAUGGUGGCGGAUAGUCCACGCCGCUCGCAACCUUAGGGGCGUCACAGAUGCAUUAUGGGGAUUGUAGCCUUCCUCUGAAGCAUCUGGUCGGAGACAAUGUACCAGCUUAGAUGGGUCUGUCCCUGUUGGAGAUGGGCCCAAGCCGCACACUUCGAACCCUGUCCAUUUGGGCUCAUCUCUGCUUCUGCAAGGUGAUGGUCCCAUACCCCCAGCAACUGUAGGUGCUGCCCUCUUUUCCUUGCCAGGCCUGAUAGCACUGCUGCAUGUGACAAUGGCAUCACAGCCUGAGACAGACAAAUGUGGGUCGCUCGCGGCAUUCUAUGCUCACACUGCCCCAUCUUGGGAAGCACGUGCAGAUAGUGGGGUGUGGUUUUGAUCAUGCGUCUUUGAUCAGUUCGUCCCUUGUGUUGAUGGUGAGCUGUCCGGUGCACGUGCCAUGCAUGUAUCAGCCGUCCAGUGACUGGGUUGUGCUUGGUGGUGCUGCUGGCCCCGUGCUGCUGGCAGGGCCCUGUUUUACCACCUCUCUCUGACAUAAUUUUGUAGCAUUGAGAUGAAGAUAAAUUAUUGUAUUGUCCUUUCAGAAUGACUAAUGGAAAUAAAAUGGAGGUUCCUGUA